AUGGAAGAGGCCCCAGAACUAUUGGUGAUAUAUCACACACUUAAUUUGUCUACUCUUAAAGCUGAUUUGGAGGGUAUCGCCGUGAACACGAAUCAGUCUCUGUUAGGUCAGUUACUGAUGCACGCCCACAAGGUGUUUGACAUAAUGUCUAUGUUAGCUUUUCACCCAGAUGAGACUACUUUUGGCUACCUUUCAUGUCGAUAUGCACCAAAAGGACUCGAGAACAAGAUAAUUGAACUACAAGACUUGGAAUUUAGGUUCAGUUUUACUACUAAAUCAAUGUUUAUUUGUGAUGGCUGGUUAGCAGCUAUUCAACUUGUUAACAAGCUCAUCAAAGAUGGUUUGACAACCAAAGCAGGAACUCUAUUUGUCAUGUUAUUGAAGCUGGGAACACAAGUUCUUUGGGUAUCACAUCUGCAGCUUCAGCUGAAUCUUGAAAGUUCCAUGGUCUGUAAUCCAAGUGGUCUAGAUACUGAAGAACCACUACCAGUAGCAGUUUUCGACUUGACAACCUGUGAAUUGGGUUCUCUUAUAACCCACGUACUGAAGAACCACUCCCGAUCAGCAGCCUCCCCACCUCCUGCUAUUGGUUUACAAAAUCCUUACAAUCCACGUACUUCUCAUGUGAUUAGCAUGAUCACCAGAAAGGACUUGAUAUUUGAGCAGGCCAAUAAUGAUUCAGGUUCUGUGGAGCUCCAUUCAACUAGUGUAAUGUCCCUAUGA